AGAAACGAGCCUUUAAUGAUACCUGCACAAGGGGCAAGGAAACCAUUGAUUAUCCCAUGCUCUAGACCGCCAGUGAUGAUACCUGCGCAAGAACGUACCAAGAUCAUCCCAAUCAGAGGACCAUAUCCUUUGGACAAGAUGAAAGCGGUACCAUGGGAAUACGAGACCGAUACUAAUACUGCAGUAUCAAGCAUCGUUGGACCUGGAGGUAUGACCCGUAGUGGGCGCAUAUUCAAAACUGCGCAAGUACAACCAAUGUCUAGUGGAAACUUGACACAAUCUGGAGAACAAGUUGUCACGAGACCAAUUGACGAGGCUGAACCUAAGGAUAAAGAAACUUCUAAUAAAGAUGCUGAGGAGUUUCUCGCUCUGAUUAAGAAGAGUGAUUAUAGAGUGGUAGAUCAGUUGCAACAGACACCGUCUAAAAUAUCGCUCUUAUCAUUAUUGAUACACUCCGAGAAGCAUCGAGAUGCCUUGAUGAAGAUCCUAAACGCUGCCCAUGUAACUAAGGACAUCACAGUCAAUCAAUUUGAUGGGAUGGUGGCCAAUCUAACUGCUGGGGCAUGCCUGGGUUUCAGUGACAAUGAGUUACCCCUACAAGGAAAGUCACACAACAAAGCCUUGCAUAUCUCCAUGCAAUGUGGGAAGGCUCAUCUGGCUAGAGUUUUGAUCGACACAGGGUCAUCUUUAAACGUGAUGCCAAAAGCCACACUUGAUAAGAUAGCCUUAGAGGGACUCGUGGUUAGACCUAGUCGUCUGGUGGUUAAAGCUUUCGAUGGAUCACAGAGUCCGGUAUUUGGAGAAGUAGACCUUCCUGUCAUAAUUGGUCCCCACACCUUCUGCAUCAACUUCCAAGUGAUGGAAAUCGAGCCAGCUUAUACCUGCCUACUAGGGCGUCCUUGGAUCCAUGCAGCUGGGGCAGUCACCUCCACCCUCCAUCAGAAACUAAAGUUUGUGAAUGGGAACUCCAUAGUAACUAUCAAUGGAGAAGAGGAUAUAUUUGUCAGCAAUCUAAACUCAUACAGAUAUAUUGAGGCUGGAGACGAAGCAUUGGGUACCGCAUUUCAAGCUCUAGAAAUUGCAACUGCUAUCACACUACCAGUGGAGAAGAUAAGAAGGGCGGUAACCUCAUGGAAAGACCUACAAGACGCAGAUACUAAAGGCUGGGGCAAGCUGCCAGAAGUUUUGGAGAAGAAGGAUCGCCUGGGGUUAGGAUACCAACCCACCAAGGUCACAAGCAUUAAGAAAGAAGAACGACCAUUUCCCCCAAUAAUGCAAACUUUUGUGACUGGCGGUUAUGAGCAUGUGGCUAUGGUGUCCAAUCAGGACUCUCAAGAAGGGACAUCCAAUUUCAUUCGAGAGAUCAGGCCAGGAGAACAGCUUCAGAAUUGGACAAGCCUGGAGAUACCGGAGAUAGUUUUCAUUUCAAAGUAA